CUCACGCUGCCCUACAAGUUCAAGGUGCUGGCGGAGAUGUUCUGCAGCGUGGACACCAUCGCCGGGAUGCUCUUCAACCGCGCCGAGACCGUCACCUUCGCCAAGGUCAAGCAGGGGGUGCAGGAUAUGAUGCGCAAACAGUUUGAGGAGCGGCACGUGGGGCAGAUCAAGGCGGUUUACCCCACCUCGUACCGACUGCGCCAGGAGAAGAACAUCCCCACCUUUGGCAACGGCGUGAAGAAGUCUGACUACCAGCUCACGCUGGAGCCGGUGCUGGGGGAAGAGGAGAAAGUGGACGGCCGCCCGCACUUGUCGGCGUCGCGCCUGCUGGCACGUCGGAAGGAGUUCCACCGCAACCUGGUGAACAUUGUCAAGCAGCAUCACAAGGCAUUCCUGGCCGCCCUCAGCCCCCCCAUGGUGGUGCCCGAGGAGAAGCUGACCCGCUGGCAUCCCCGCUUCAACGUGGACGAGGUGCCCGACAUCAGCCCGGCGGAGCUGCCGCGGCCGCCCCAGGAGGACAGGCUGAGCACGGCCCAGGAGGUGCUGAGCGCAGCUCGGGGGAUGCUGAGCCCCAAGAUGGAAAAAGCUCUUGCCAACCUGGCCUUAAGAACUGCUGAAGCCGGUGCGGGGGAACCGGUGGCUUCCAAAGCGCCGUCCCCUGCCAGCACCUCCAGUGCUCUCAAAGGGGUGUCCCAGGCCCUGCUCGAGAGGAUCCGGGCGAAGGAGGCGCGGAAGCUGCAGGCGCUGAUGACGCGGGACCCGCGGCAGGAGGAGCGACUGGCCAUGCUGGGCCGGCUGCCGGCCAUGGCCCGUAUCCUGCGCAACGUCUUCGUGGCCGAGAAGAAGCCGGCGCUGACCAUGGAGGUGGCUUGUGCCCGCAUGGCUGACAGCUACGACGCGCAGAUGCCUCCCGGCGAGAUGGAGAAACACUUGCGCCUCUUCGCAGAGCUGCUGCCCGACUGGGUGGGGAUCCACGCCCUCAGCACGGACACCUACAUCAAACUGGACAAGGGGAAGGACCUAGGCCUUGUCACGGAGAUGCUCACCAGGGCGGCGAAGGAGGCGGAAGCCCUCUGAGCUCCCCCCUCAAGCGUCGAGGCUUCCCCUGUGCAAUCUCUAAAUGUAGCAAAUCCCAGCUGCGCUCCGGGAACUGGUGUGGGUUGACAGGGAUGUCUGACGAAGAGCAAAACGCCUUAAUUUUAACUAAUUCCUCUGUUGGGGUCCCUGAGGACUGUAGCUACCCUAACCUGCGGUAACUUUGCAAGCAGGGAAGAGGAGAUAGUUAAGUUUUUCUCAGCUUUUCUGCGUUCUGAAGGUUUGAUGCAGGAGGUUUCUUCCGUUAACUGGGCCCUGGUGGGGUGGAGGCAGCACUGGGGAGGAAGGCAGGAAGGAGUGAGAGAAGAAAUCUCAAAUUGAUGUUUUUUUGGAGCUCCGGGCCUUGUUCCGUUUUUAAGGGAGGGGAAAACGCAUCUCCAGGACUCAUUGGAAACAACUACAGGACUUGUCAAAACAUAUUUGUAUUAAAUGUUUUAAAUAUAGCUGACUUGUGUUAACCCAG